UGUGUGCGGGUCGUCUCUUUUAGCUUUUUAAACUAGGCUUUCUUAAAAGGUUUUUUUUUCUUCUGUAGUUUGUAGGGUUUUUCCUCAGUUUUUUAUAUGUAUCUCCAGUCACGGACACUUCUAAUUUUGGAACUGUGAUGUUUGGCUCGCGGAUGAGAGCGGGAUUGAAAGGGAAUCCGUGGUGGUAAAACGAAGAGAAACUUUCGUUUUUUGUUUCCGUGUCAGUGCUGAUCGGGAGCUCCCGCUGAUUUAUGUCACCACUACAUUACUACUCAGUCACUUGACUGAGAGGAAGCUGCAGAUUGAAGGCUGCUGUAUUUAAAUACAGCAACUCGCGAGAAGAGGAAGCAAACCCACGUCUUUGAGCAAUCGGUUUGCAUCAUAUCCUCACACAAAAAAAGAUCAGGGUGAGCAGUAAAAGGGAAUCGAAGCUGUGAGUUGCCUUCAAACAGUCGAGAUGUCUGAUGAAACGCAGUCCUUACCAGCCCUCAAGAAGCUGGGAUAUGCAACCGGACACUUUCUGAAUGAUCUGUGUGCCUCCAUGUGGUUCACCUACCUGCUGGUCUUCUACCACUCAGUGCUGGGAUUCCAGAACACCAAUGCAGGUUUGCUGCUGCUGAUCGGGCAGAUCGCCGAUGCCAUCUGUACGCCUCUCAUCGGCUACGAGUCUGACAAAUCGUCUGGCUGUGGAAACUAUGGGAGGAGGAAGACGUGGCAUUUAGUAGGUACGCUGAGCGUGGUUCUGUCCUUUGCCUUCAUCUUCAACCAGUGCCUGGGCUGCGACGGCCUCACCCCGCAGUGGGCCAGCCUGGUCUACUUCGCGCCGUUCAUCGUGAUCUUCCAGUUCGGCUGGGCCGCCACGCAGAUCUCCCACCUGUCGCUCAUCCCGGAGCUGGUCGCCUGCGAGCACGCCAAGGUGGAGCUCACGGCGUACAGAUAUGCCUUCACGGUCAUCGCCAACAUCGCCGUGUACGCGGUGGCGUACCUGCUGUUCCACGUCCAGGCGGGGGAGGACGACGACCCGCUGAGCGGCACGCUGGGACCGGUCGACAUCCCCAUCUUCAGGAAUCUCUCAUUCAUCGUCUUGGGAAUCGGCGCCGUCUUCUCCAUCAUAUUUCACCUGAGCACCACAGAGAAGAGGAGCGAAGCAGGACGAAGGGCGGAGGAUGAGGAGGAGGAGGAUGAGGAUGAGGAGGAAGGGGAGAACAGGCCUCUGCUGCCUCGCACUGGUUCCUCCUCGUACCUGCUGCAGUGGAAGUGCUGGCUGAGGCAGCCUUCCUUCUACCAGGUGGCGCUACUCUACAUGUCCACCAGGCUGAUCGUCAACCUGUCUCAAACGUACAUCUCCAUGUAUCUCCUCAACACUCUGGGGCUGCACAAGAAAUUCAUCGCCACCAUCCCCUUGGUGAUGUACGUCAGCGGCUUCCUGUUUUCUUUCAUCAUGAAGCCUCUCAGUAAAUUCAUUGGGAAAAGUAUGACGUACUUCGUGGGCCUGCUGCUCAUCAUGGCCUUCUCCUACUGGGCGCUGCUGGACGUCCAGAUGGGCCAGGCGGUCUACGCCGCCGCCGCGCUGCUGGGCGCCGGCUCCGCCACCAUCCUGGUCAUCUCCCUCGCCAUGACCGCGGAGCUGAUCGGCGAUCAGACGCAAAGCGGAGCGUUUGUGUACGGCGCCAUGAGCUUCACCGACAAGCUGGCCAACGGAGUCGCCGUGAUGGUCAUCCAGGCCCUGCACCCCUGCCACACCGUGGCGUGCUGCUCCGCCUGCGUCUGGUUUUAUCACUACAUCAUGGUCAUCGUGACCGGCGGCGUGGCGGCCAUGGCAGCGCUGGCUCUCUGCUCCAUCCUCAUCUGGCCGAUCCAGAUCCGACCGCGUUUUGUGACCAUCAACGGUGAGGAUGCAGUCAGAGUCAACUAGCUCCUGCUCUUCUCUCAGCUGUUUUGAGGCCUCGUCUCAGGAAUGCAGCAGGAUUUCUAAAAGACACCGAAAGCUUCUGUUCUUUAUAUCGUCCCAAAGGGAAACGAGAGGAAUCAAGGUUGUUUUUUUUAAUUGAAUACUUAGCAGUUGUUUGCACAACUCCACCUAAUUUUUAAACUAUUUUCCCCAAGAAUGGAUAUGAUUCUAGGUGCUGUUCUUCUCCUGAAACUCAGCUGAAAGAACAGAAACAUUCAAACUAGUUUCUCCAGAAGAAAACUGACAGAAUGAAUCUGAUCACCACUACAGUACCAGCUCCAUUUUAUCACAGCUACAGCUUCUUACUGGAAAAGGAGUCACGUUACUACAUGAACACAUACUGGGAACAAAGGAGUCAAAAGAUUUCUGUGUGUUUUACAUGUCAGCCAUUACAUUAUGACCGCUCAAACUCUUCUCAUGCUCCUUCGAUAUUCCUUCAGAGUGACAUUAAGUGCCUGUCUGUCCGGCUUGUAUAUGUCUUUAUCUGAUCACAUGGCUGACUCCAUCAAUCCACCAGGGCAAACACAGACAAUCACACACCCGCAUGUCAAACUACGACACAUUUACAUUCACUAAAUAGCUUCAAAUGCAUGUUUUUGGACUGUGGGAGGAAACCGAUGUACCCCGGAAAAAAAAAACAUGCAAACCACCAGAGAGCUCCUCCCUUUUUUGAUGUGAACGUGUGCCCUGGCAGUGCACUUGACUUGUUUUUUUUCUUUUUAAUGUGCAGUGGAACAAAUCGUGCUAAACUUGUUGUGCAGGUCUUUUAAGUUGCCGUGUAUAUUUUUGUAGAAGUUGACCAUGAGUGUAGUUUGAUUGUUCUGUCGGGGAAAAGGGAAAAGCAGUGAAAGCAGUUCUUAAAAAAACAAACAGCUGAUUUAUUUAUUUUUCACAUUGCGUGUCUGUGAUACGGAACAAGACGAAGCAGGGAAAAAAAACAGACGCAACAGCUUUAAUGUCAAAGGGAUCUUUUAUCCUAAUAAAGAGGAUAUUCAUUAAAUUUCUUUCCCACAAAGUGGGAACACUCAGCUCGGUCUUGGAAACGGUGCUGAGAAAGAACCAGGGGGGAAUACAUGGAUGGGUUUUAAAGGAAAACUUUCUGUGAAAGAGUUCAGACAGCUUCAGACUUUUCCUUUUCCAUUUGUGCCUUGUUUAUGAAGUUUUUUUGUUUUUUUUUUACAAAGCACUUUUGUUUUUCCUCAAAGGUGAAACAAUUUUCUGCAAUAUUGUUGAAUUGAGUUUAUAUACUUCUUUGUGGUAUUUUACCUUCAGAUAAUCAAAUUAAAUGUAACUGAUAUUGUUACUAUCAAAAGAAACUUGACUAACAGUAAUGCAUGUGAUGUGAAAAGCCUCUGGAAAGGCCAUCAGUUUACUUGGGGUAUUCACAUGUUAAAUGUGGAAAUAAAAGGGAAUCAUUCUGGUAAGACAGGGACUGACGCCUGACUGUGAGACAUUUUUAUUUUUUUUCCAAACUAAUUUUUCUUACUAUGACCUAUGUGGAAAUAUAUUGAUGUGAUUUUGUUUGUUCAAUAAUAAUAAACCACUCCUUGAACAAGUUUCAUGA